CGCAAACGCGUAUUCGUGUGCUUUAAAAUCCUUUUGUCUGUCUCUGUUCUUUUCUCAGAGAAAUUUGCAGAGGCAGCCACAUUCAUUUCCUCUGGUCUUCCUCAAAACCCGAAAGCUUUUUUUUUCCUUUUUUAAUAUCAAUUUUCUAUUUUUUCUUCUCUUUGGGUUCCUUGAAUUUCUAAUGAGAAACUUGAAUCAGAUCCAUGGGAGCUAAUUCCAUCAAAUCAUCUCAAAGAACCAUUUUUUUUCCGAACCCAUGAUUUCCCAAACUCAACUCAGAUCCACCUUCAUAUAAUCUCAAUUUCAUUCCUUUUUUUCAAAGCUUGCCUUUUUCGAUCAAAAUAAAGGUACCCAGAUCUUAAAAACCCCGUAAAAACAUGAAAAACAAAUCGAAAUUGUUCACGAUCGGGCUAGUAACAGCCUGGUACUCGUCCAACAUUGGUGUCUUGUUGUUAAACAAAUAUUUACUGAGCAAUUACGGUUUCAAAUACCCAAUCUUCUUAACCAUGUGUCACAUGACAGCUUGUUCUUUGUUAAGCUACAUCGCAAUUGCAUGGAUGAAGAUGGUUCCGAUGCAGACAAUUCGAUCCAGGGUUCAGUUUUUCAAGAUCUCGGCUUUGAGUUUGGUCUUUUGUGUGUCGGUGGUGUUUGGGAACAUUUCUUUGAGGUUCCUGCCGGUUAGUUUUAAUCAGGCUAUUGGUGCUACGACGCCGUUUUUUACGGCUGUUUUCGCUUACUUGAUGACUUUGAAGAGGGAGGCUUGGCUUACUUAUCUUACCCUUGUUCCUGUUGUGACUGGGGUUAUCAUUGCCAGUGGGGGUGAACCAAGUUUCCAUCUCUUUGGUUUUAUCAUAUGCGUUGCAGCUACAGCUGCAAGAGCUCUCAAGUCAGUUUUACAAGGAAUUUUGCUUUCUUCUGAAGGAGAGAAGCUGAAUUCCAUGAACCUCCUUCUCUACAUGGCUCCGAUUGCUGUUGUAUUUCUACUUCCUGCAACACUCAUUAUGGAAGAAAAUGUGGUUGGUAUUACCCUUGCCCUUGCCAGAGAUGACAUCAAGAUCAUUUGGUAUCUAGUAUUCAAUUCAGCACUGGCAUAUUUUGUGAAUUUGACCAACUUUUUGGUCACGAAACACACCAGCGCCCUGACUUUGCAGGUUCUAGGAAACGCGAAAGGAGCUGUAGCUGUGGUGGUUUCAAUUUUAAUUUUUAGAAAUCCAGUCUCUGUCACCGGAAUGCUUGGUUAUACACUCACAGUCUUUGGGGUUAUACUCUACAGUGAAGCCAAGAAACGAAGCAAAUGAUGAGGCAUCAUUCCCAGGAACAGAUUAUGUGUGUGAUCAUUGUAUAUUUUGUUUCCUUUAUUGCAGGACAACGACAAUGUUCAAAGAGACGAGCUUCAGACAUGUGGUAGCAUAUGAUGCCAUGGAUUUUGCACCCUAGAUUCAUUUUUUUUUUCCUGGAAGCCCGGGAAACUAGUUUUCUUUUGUAUAAGCAACAGCUGCAGCAUUACAGAACUCCAAUAAGUACCUUAUUGGUAUCAUUCCCAGCUUGAGGUUGUAGAGGAAAUAUUAUGUAAUGUUUUUUAUUCUUUAAGGAAAAGGUUGUAGAAUUGGUCUUUUACACAGUCAAUCUGUUAUUAACAUUUCUGAUAUUGAUUAAUUAAAGGAAAAGAAGACUCACAAGUUUACCAUUUUAU